AUGCUGUUUUACUCCACCUUCCUCCGUCUGUUCUCUCCGCUUUUACAGUGCAUACAACUAUUUUUGUCUCGAUAUAACAAAGAUGAUUCUUGUGACCAGGACGAAGAUAUUCACGACUGUGGCACUAUGAGGAUGGUGGCAAUAAUGAUGAAGAAGGUUUAUCUGUAUGCUUUUCCUCAGAGCUCUGUGUUGUCGGUGCAGAACAGCUGGAGAGCUGGUCGACCAUCGGCACAGAGAGCGAGCUGCUGCUUUUCUCAGCUUGAGUGUCACUUUGAGGAGCUGCAGCUGAGCUCCUGCAGGGGGCGCACUCAAAAGCUUCCCCCUUUUUGA